UUAAGUUUUUAGAGUAAACUUACAGUUUUAUAUUCUCCAAGAAAAUCAAUGAUUUCUUUGAAAUUUGGAAUGUACUUCUAUCAAAACUUGGACCCAACCAAAAAUUUGAAUUUUUCAGAUGAUUUUUUUCAAAAUAUGGAUACAGCAACAAUAAAUGUAGCUUUGCAGUGAUUUCAUGUUGCAGAAUUGUACAGAACAUAGACUACCUGAAUUGUACAGAAUGAUUUUUUCUUUUACAGAUGAUGAGCUCCAGAUUGAAACAGCUCUAUUUGAUGGAUUAGAUGCCUCAGAUAUCGACCUCAGUGAUGGAGAUGACGAGGACAAUGAUCCAAAUUAUCUGCCUAACCCUGACCCUGGACAACAAUUUGACUCUUCAAAUGACAGCUCUGAUGAUGAACAGGAAGAAGUAUCUAUCGAUGAGACUACUUCUUCACAACCUGAGAGUAGAAACACAUGGCGUCGCAGGGGCUUCAUUCCUCCAGAUCCACCUCUGCUUGAUUCAACAACCAGAAAUGACACUGAGGGCUGGGAUCCUCUUGAUUACUUCAGCCAAUACGUAGAUAAUGCUUUGUUUGAACUAUAAUUGCUGAUAAAACAAAUCAAACCUCUUUAUUUUC